AUGGGAGGGCUCAACGCCAGCGUGGGGAAAGCCUAUGUUUCCACGCUUUUGGUUAUCCUCUUGAUGCUAGUGACUGUACAACCGAGUGGAGUACACUCACUACCCAAGCAUGAUGGGGAGAGUGGGGACUGGCCUAUUGUGGACAUGGUCCAAGAUGCGACGACUCAACUGAACGAUGCACAUGCACAGUCCAACUCCAAGGAUAAGGGGAACUGGCGCAGGCCUACUAGUGUGGAUACGGUCCGUCAUGGAGAACCUUUGGAGGAUUGCAGUCCUAUCGAUCUGGAGAAUGCUACAGAAGAAGAACAGCUGCAUUUGCAACAUUGGGAUUGGCUAGCAGUUCUAGGACUGCUUGGAAAGAUGGCUGUGGUCUGGCUGGCGUUAAUCUUGGCCCAGAAGGAUCGCACCAGUCGUCCACCAUUGAUGACAACCUGCAUAUUGCCCAAUGGAGUGCCAUUGCAGAUUCCGUAUCACCCAAAAAGGAAGGUGCAACAUGUCACAAUGGAGGCAGUCAAGACGUUUGAAGCAGACACGGACAGGAAGUACGGACAAUACCAGCUUGUGCAUGAUGGAUGGUGCCUCCCUGAAAAUUCCACACUUGCCAAUUGCUCUGUUUUUGCCAACAGCACAGUUUUCUUGAACAUUUACCAAGAAGGAGGGCAACCCGAAACACUGCCCGGUCUUAGGAACUCCUGUCUAUCUAAACCAGGGCAGUUUUCAUGUGCCAUUGAUUCCUUCUUGGAACUGUUCUACUGUAUCUAUAAACAGUUUCCUGACUUUCGGUGCUCAAACAACCUUGGACCACUCCUGUCAAAAGUUGCCUCCAGCUGCAAAGCAAGAGCAAGAGCAAUGACACAGACUGAUGUACAAGGAACUCGGGAACAACCUUGGGCAUGGGCGAUUCAAAAUGUUAGAUCUUUCGCAGGGAGAACAGCAAUGGCUUGUGUGGAAGAGUUGUUCCACCACAUUACUGGUACAGAAUGGGAGAGGAAGUCCUUUGCACUGACAAAGACUUUAAGCAGAUGUUGCCGCCUUUGCAACUAUGCAAAAGAAGACAACAGAGUUUACUGUCCACUUUUACCAACAGCCAACAUGUUCGAACAGGACAAAAGCUUGCAAAGUGCAAUCAGGGCUAUUGUGGAAAGGGGAGAUGGUUUAGGACACUGCUUGUCAUGCAAUGCUAAGAGCAUACAGUGCCAUGUGAAAGAGAUUGAGCUUCCUGACUAUCUGUUUGUUGAAGUGCCAUACGUACCUCAAGGUGGAAGAAAUGACAAUCUAUGUGGCAUUCAGAUUGAACACGACAUAUCACUAAAGGAAAUGUCGUACACAGUUGCCGGAUGUAUACGUGCAAAGCCAGGACAUUUUACUGCUAUUAUACCCAAGGAGGGACGGCUAUAUGAGCUGGAUGACAUGCGAUCUGCCCCUGUUAGAGAGGGACAUAGUCUUGCCAGCAUCCUUAGUCAGGAAGGCGACACAGUAGUAACAGCACCUGGUAGCUAUAUACACAUAGUGGUCUAUAAGCAAGUUAAGAAUGUUGAGAUGAAGAGAGAAGUCAAUAUUGCUCCGGACAACAAUCCCAUAAGAGUUCCACUAUCAUCAGUGGAAAAUGAGAACUCAGUUAACGGUGUUUGGCGACCAUGGCUCACACCUCGCCGCACCAGUAAGUUAGCUCAGUCAAACACCCACGCCAGAAGAGAACCAUCUACACGAGGUAAAGAAAAUGCCCACUUGCUGCCUCAGAGGGAAAAACCUAAAUCCCCCAUGCAGAAAACUACCCCUCAAGUCGACUCAGUGAGAGAUACACAUGAUAUAUAUGUAGAUAUCACUUCACAUGAGAGGGAUAGAAGGUCAGAGGACAGAUGGACAAAACUCAAUUAUGGAAAGCUUGAGUUAAAAGAAAGACAAGUAGAACAACAGUGCAUUGAUGACAAGGAAGGUUUUGUUGGUCCAAAGAAAGCAAAGAGAGCUCUGCAUCUAGAAAACAGUCCUAUGAAGGAGAAUUAUCAGAAUCCAAGUGAUGGAAAUGAUAAUUUCAAAUCAGGAAAAAAGAGGAAAAGCGAAACUGUAGAGCAACCAAUAAUCAAGCAAGUCUCAGUUGCCAAAAAAAAUGGUAGGAAAAGAUACAAUACUAAGGGGGCUACUAGUGUGACUUCUAAAGAUGAGGAGGGCAAAGCACAAAAGUGUUCUGAGCUUUUGGUUGGUCCUGAAAAGUGUCCACAGGGUCCCGAAACAGGCUUUAUGGUAUCUGGAUUUCUGAAUGGGGAAGGACUCCAAUGUGACCAAGAAGGAAGCAUACAAUAUUGGGUGAACGCCAACUCAGAGCUGUUUCUCAGCCUUCCUGACACAUUAGAAGUUUUGGGAUUGAGCAAAGAAAUCAAAUUGAAAAAACGAGGAUACAAACGAAUAUACGACCAUAUGGCCAAGUCUGGACUAGAGUCAAACCAACACAUUAUCAAAAUCAAGACAGAAGAUGGUACAUCAGUGAAAGUAGUAUCAUUUGAAGGGUUCUAUUGUUUGCUGUCACUGCCACAUUCAAUGUUCUUUCAGCAGUCAGCAAAUUAUGGCGUAAAAAGACAAUUUUCAUCAAUUCUAAAAAAACAUCUGCUAUCAGAAGUUGUAGGCACAAAGGAAAAAUCUGCUAAGCAUGGAAAAGUAAUGCAUCAAAGCAAACAAACUCAAACUAUAGAUGAAAACACUACUGUUGGAUCCCCCCUGAAAUCAACAUCAUCAUACAUUUUAGCUCUGCAUCAAAAGAAGAAAAAUGGGAAAUAUGUGCGAUGCACAACACUCGAAAAGCGUAUUAGGCUACAUCAAAAUAUGACCAAAACGAUAGCAGAAAAAGUACACAUGGGCUGCAAGCAGGACUUUUUGCAAGCAAUUGCGUUUGAUAUAUCAACUAAUAUAGGGAAAAGCCAACAACAAUGGCAAGGCGCUUUGUCUUUGGAAGAUAUUCAAUAUGUUCUAGAUAUAGCAACUAAAAAGCAGAAGACUGCUAAGCAGAAGACUGAAGACACAGCUUUGGAAACACUUGCAAAAAAUUUCAUAAAGAACAGUAAUCAAUACUAUAUAACUGCACAGGAACUUAUAUAUUUGGCGGAUAAUUUCAAGGGUUAUGACCUAUUCAACAAACUGCGAGAAAAAAUACCAUUCCUUUUUGCAUCCCGGAAGGAGGUUGACAUAUGCAAACAGACCUAUAAAAGUGAGUUUCACACCAUUUUAUGUCCCGAAAGAACAGCCACGGGCUGGAAAAUAUGUCCAAAACGACUGUUAGAAUGCCUAUCCUUUUUAUAUUACUACCUACCUAAGACGUGUCAGAACUGGAAGCUGUAUGGGGAUGCACGAACGUAUGGGAGAAAGGCAACAGUAAUGUUAGGAAUUAACAAUAUUGACAAUGAACAAAUGCAACAUGGUAUCAAAUAUCACAGCACAAAACAUUUCUGGCCGUUUCAGAUCUUUUAUGGAAAAGAUAACAGAAUAAACUUAGAAACAAAUGUUGGUGAUGGGCAUGGACGUCCAGGUUUCCUAGAUAAAGCAAUAUCCGAGUUGCAGGAAAACAUUGAUUACAAAUAUCAAUUCUAUCUUACCGGUGACUCCCCAUUUUUGGAUUCUAUUUUGGCAGAGAAAGGUCUAGGUGGCACAACUGAUGACGGGUAUAACAUUUACAUGUAUGAUAACAAGGACAGUAAGGGUGCAGUUUCUUCACACACUGGUCUACGAUCUGGCAUACCCAAAAUGAUUAACCGAUCACAUCAAACCUCACUGAUACCUUCUAUCCCAAUAGAAAGGGUAGUAUUUGACAUUGACCAUGCGAUAACAAGGAUUGUAGAAAAACUCAUAACUCUGCGCAUAAUGAAAUCAGUCCAAAUAACCAGUUUACUCAAAGGAGAUGAAGGUAUACAACGCCGCAAUGCAAGUUUAGCACAUUUGAAAGCAAAUCUAAAUUCACGGGCGGUUAAGUCAGGGUUGUUUGAAAUCCACCUUGAGACAAAUGGAUCACUAAAAUAUCCAGUGUCAUUCAACAAAUCUGAUGCAUAUGUCAUCAUAUGCCCACCAGAAUAUUUUGAAGAACCAUUUGUUCCCAUUCUGCAAGGGGUAUCGUCCACUCAGACAGUAGAGAAUACACUGCCCACACAGCUGAGGGAAGCAUCACAAAUUGAAUCAUCUAUGACAAAUGAAUUUGAACUGGAAACUAAGUUGUAUUAUCACAUGGGAAUGAUGUAUGUCUAUUUACGCCAUGAUUCAAACCCAACAAAAACACAUGAGAAGCAAGCAAUGGAUGAAAAUGAUACAAAAGUCGGCCUCUCUGAUGAAGAAGUGGAAGAAUAUAAAACACAUGCUGAUAUCUUCCAUGGUCUCUUUUGUCAUCUGUAUGGGGGGCCAGAACUCACACCUUACAUGAUGAAAAUGAUUGAUGUCGUUCCACUUCUUGUACAAAAACUACCAUGCCGAUCAAUGAUGCGCUUUUCAACAGAGGGUCCAGAACAUGUUCAUUACAUGCAUAUGUGUUUCUACUAUUCGCAUACCCCCCGUGGUGGUGGGAGAGGCAAACCAGAUACCAUACUGAUGUUGUUUCAGUGGAUAUGGAGGAACCUGCGUUACCUCAUUACCAUUUACAAGGAUUCUGAAAACCCUGAGGCAGUAAAGGCAUUUUCUAACUUCAGUAAAUAUAUCAAGCUCCAUAUAUACUGGAACAGAUUCAUAGCACAUUGCCGAGGAUAUCUACAGCGGCAAGUUAAUCUUCCAAAUAUAAAAAAUGGAAGGCACUCAAUGGUAAGCCAAAAUCCUCCCACAAAGAAACCCUUGGAAAAUCACACUUUCCUUCUCAGUGGCAGAAUGCCAGCAAACUGUGGGAAAAAACAGGACUUCAUUGCAAAAAUAACAGAGAAUGGGGGCAGAGUGAUGGACAAAAUACCACCUCGAGGAGUUUCAGUGGACAUUACAGUCUUGACAACCCAGAAAGAAAUCGAUAAAGGAACUGACAGCUGGAAAAAUUCAUCUAGGUUAUCAAGUCAUGCAUCAAGAAUUCCUCAACCCAAUGAAGCUAUCGUCAAAGGAUUUCAGAGAAAAUGGAACAUUCUAUCAUACCAAUAUGCCCUCGAUUGUAUCAAACAAACAACUACAUUGGACAAGAACAGCUACAUUCUGAGUCUGGACACACUAGAGAAAGCACCUUCUACAUGCUUGGCAAGUGCUAAGGAGACUCUACCGGAAUCCUUGUAUUUUGGUAAAGGACGAAGUGCAAUAACACAGCUUCGAAGAAAAAUGAAAGAAAAUAAAACAAAAGUACCGAAGGUUAAAAGGAAAGGAACCAAGCGGCUUUCUGUUUGGGGAAGAUUCGUGUCCAAAGAGUCGCAAAAGCUGAAGGGUACCAUCAAGAAAGGAAACUGCAUCCAAAAUGUCAGAGAGUUGUCCAAAAGAUGGAAAGCCUUAACGUCACAGGAGAAAAAGGAUUUUAAAGAGGAAGCAAGGCAAUCGUUUGAAAAAAGACAGGACUUAGAAAAAUCAGUAGACUUUUCCAAAAUAUCAACUCAGGACCAUCAGAACAGAACCCCAGCAUAUAGAACUGCCAUUACCGGACUUACACCAUUAAUGCAUCUGACACCAAAUGUAGAGGGUAGUCAAUGAAUUGGCCUGUUAUUUCUCCAUCAUAAUGGAAGACAUCCACAUGCACGUCAAAUUCCGUCCAUUUUCAGAAAGGGAAGUUUUAGAACCUUAUUUCAUGCAAAGAAGAAGCAUGCAAAGAAGCUGGGAAAUUAGCUGCAAAUAAUGGUUUGUGCCAUACAUUGCAAAAAUGUUACCACGAAAUGAUUGCUUACAUUGUAUAUGUAGAACGCCAAGUCAAUUCCAAAGAAAAAACAGAACACAUGAAAAACAGAAAUGAAGGAUCUGGUUUGUUUUGUAUAGUCCAUAACCUGUGUGUUACAUGUAGUUCAUUUGUUAAACAUUCCUGACCACUUAGAUUUCAUAAUGAAGGCAACCUUUGAAUCUACAUGGCCUUACUGUUAAUUGUGGACUGUCUACUGUCAACACUUGUAUAUACAUUGUAUGUAAUGUAUUUAUCCAUGUAAUAUGUAUAUAUGUAACUAUAUGUAAUGUACUUUUAUGGCAAAGAUCCUUAAAGUGCGAAGCGUUUCACUUUGCUUUGUCUAGGACAUUUUCCUAGUCUUUACAGUGAAGAAACUUUUUUCUGCUUGGAAUCAAAGUAAUAAAAUCAAUAGUUUUAAUGAAAGCA